UUUGGUCUGAGUAUCUUGUUUCGACCUCGCUAUAUCAUCAUUCCCUUCAAAAUGACUGUCUUGAGACAAACCCUAAAGGUUCCUCAUCUCGGAGGAACCACCGUCGGCUUUCGCUCCUCUGCUUCUGUUCUUGACCCUGCAAAGCCAACUUUGGUGCUAGUGAUCCCAUUUACGACAACUGUAGACUACUACGCACCCGAGUUUGAGGACACGACGCUUACGAACAAGCUGAACCUGAUCGCAAUCGAGCCACUGGGCCAUGGCGCAACUCGUACAGGCAGCGAGGCAUUCACAUACUGGGAUUCGGCGCUUAUCAAUCUUCAGCUUUUGGAAAUUCUGGGUGUUGAUCGGGUGUUUGCAGGGGGCACGUCCCAGGGUGGAUGGAUAGCCGUGCAGAUGGCGUUGCUGGCACCGCAAAAGGUCCAAGGACUGGUCCUGAUCGGCACAUCAAUGGACUCCGAGUCACCCCAAAGCCGGGACCUAGGCUGCUGGGAUGGUCCUUCGGCGACAUCAGGCUUUGUUAAACUGGGAGCGGACAUGAGUCCUCAACACGACGACUUUGAGCCUGGACAGGGCUACUACGACUUUCUCAUGGAGAUCGGGUAUGGAAAGGGUCUUGAUGCAUCGCUAAGAUCAUUCUGGGAGGAAACCAUCAAGACCACGUACCAGGGAGAUGAGGGUAAGAGACGGAUUUGCAUGGCUGCAAUCAAUCUGGCCAGUCGAGAUGGGCUGUAUGAGCGCUUGCCAUAUGUCAAGUGUCCUGUGAUUUGGUUACAUGGAACUGCGGAUGUGGUGUUUAGCUUGGCAAAUGCACAGGAAGGCAUCAAGCAUUUUGUCAAUUCGCCAGAGGCGCGGCUUGUCCCGUUAGACAAGGGGGUGCACUUUUUGAGCUUUACGCAUCCGAGGGAGGUUCAUGAGAAUAUCCUCGAGUUUACGGCGCGGUGGAGUCGGCAGGGUCGUUUGAGACAGGUCUUACCUAAGGAGGAAACCAAUGCGAAUGGGUUUCAGAUUCCAAAAGACCUAGUUACUCUCAACCGACUCUUCGACUCAGCGAAGAACAUUCUGGCCAUCGUCGAGGCCAAAAAGCACCGCCGUGAGGAUAAAGCUGAAAAUACCAUGAUGCAGGAGGCUGUUGAGGUGGCUGCUUGGACGUGGGUUACGUUUAUCAGCUAUUCUAAUGACUACCUCGGCUAUUUGGACCCUGAGAAGGGACAAGUCACGACAAACACCCACAUGACCAUGCAAAAUAAAAACGUCGGUGCGCACCUAAAGCGGGAGUGGCGGGUGCCCUCCCGAAGUCCCCGUCGCCCGUCCACCCCGGAUUCCCCGGAUUCCCAUCCACCACCCACCAGCAUAGCAUAUGCAUGCAUGCACGGUUCCAUAAUGAAGACAGGGUUGUCUUCCAAUCCACCCAACAACAACAGCUCACCCUCCUUGACCCACGAUAUCACCAACGCCGUGGCUAGCCCCAGCCCCAGCAAUCCCGACGGCCACGCGCACAAGCGACGCCGGGUCGCCUUGGCCUGCGGCACAUGUCGGUCUCGCAAGUCGCGAUGCGAUGGAGCUCGUCCAAAGUGCUCGCUAUGCCGCGAGCUGGGCCAUGAGUGCGUGUACCAGCAAGUCGGGAGUUCUCCGAAUUUAACGGUAGGCAAAGAAUAUGUGGCACAAUUGGAGCACCGGAUCGAGCAAAUUGAGGAAUUCUUACGUCCUCUGCGCGAGGGUCGUGCUGAGAUUACCCCGGUCAAGUCGUUUCCUUUGCCAGAAGAAAACGAUCUGUAUCAACACAAUGGCUUGGCCACAGCAGGCGACCCUGGAAAACUUCCCUCUCAUCAAGGGAAUCACCAUAACGCCAAUGAGAUGGGCGAAGCGGAUACUUCCGAGGACCCGAUCGAUGGAAUGGCUGCAAUCAGUUUCCAGUAUGAACAAGAUGCUGGGUUUUUCGGACCGUCAUCGAACAUUGCAUUCAUGCGGCACAUUUCAAAAGCCAUUAGUCAAGCAACCUACCGCAACCCUUCCCUGCUUUCUGUUCCUUCUAAUGACAAACAUGGAAGUGGAAUGGCAAAUCCCUCUCCAGCACAUGCACAUACAGAGAAGACCCCCCACAUGAAAAAUUCUCGUGGAGUGAACAUAUACGCCCUGCCUUCCGAGGAGCAGUCUUGGGAUCUUAUCGAGAAAUACUUUUCAAAGACCGGCCAGCUCCUUCCCUUCAUUCACGAGCAAUCAGUCCGCGAGACAUAUUUCCAAAUGAAGAGAAACGAUUCCACCAAAGUGCGGAGAACAUGGCUGGGCCUGCUCAACAUUAUUUUCGCUAUUGCUAUGAGUCUUUGUACCGAUAGCGAUAUGCCAGCCCAGCAACGAAUCGACCAAUCCGAUGUUUUUUACCAGCGUGCAAACGCUCUGUGUGACCGGGAAUCAAGACGAAAUAUCAGCCUUGAGAUGGUGCAAUAUCUGCUCAUCCUAGGACAGUAUCUCCAAGGGACUCAGAAAUCCGUUCAGGCUUGGACAACCCAUGGUCUCGCCAUUACUGCUGCCUUUCAACUCGGUAUUCAUUCUCCUGAGGCCAACAAGGCAUUUCCUGCCUUGGAGUGUGAAAUCCGCAAACGGACGUGGUUCGGGUGUGUGCUCUUAGACAGAACACUGAGCAUGACCUUUGGUCGACCAUGCAUUAUACCCCAGUCUUAUGUCAGAUUGGACAUGCCUUCCCAUGAAAUGCAGGUACUCGGGCGGAUACCUCAGCCGGAGACUCGUGCGCAUCGAGAUGGUUGCUUUUUCAAUGCUGCCGUCCAACUCUAUGUUGUCAUGUACAACGUCAUCGACACCAGCUACGACCAGAACUUAGGCUUCAGCACAUCCGAAACCAGCUACGAUAUUGUGUCAAAAGUGCUUGAAGGGGACCGUCAGCUAGAAGAAUGGCGACACGGACUGGUACCGUCAUUGGGACUUCAUGUCCUUCAAAAACCGUUGACGGCAAGGGAUAUUGAUCUCAUGACAGUAGACAGUGUCAUAUUCCAGCGAUUCAACAUUGUUCUUUCGCUGCGCUUUCACAAUCUGCGGAUCCUUCUUCACCGCAAGUUUCUGGAGAAAUUUCUGGAUAAGGGCGGCAUGGCUGGGUCGGAAGUGAAGUUUCCGCAGCAAGUCGGUGUGAACAGUGUUCACAACUGUGUCGAAUCGGCCAUUGUCAUUAUAUCAACAGUACACACAGUGGCUACUACCACCGGAUGGCACCGCGGUCUUCUCGGGGCCUGGAAUUAUUCUUUAUACUACACCUUCAACGCCGGCCUGGUCAUCUUCGGUGCGCUCUUGGUGUCGUCUAGAGAAAGCCCAAAGAAUCCCAGUUUAUGGGAGCCCGUCGAACGAUCGAGACCGUAUCUAGACCUGGCUGCGGAUGCGCUCCGGCAGUUGGAUAGUGGAAAUCGUGUUAUCGAGCGAUGUGUUGAGUAUCUCUCACAGCUCGCUCUAGCUCUAGCUGCUCUAGAUUCCAAUCCAACGCCAGGAAACAUCCCGAUUACUACCCUGACUAGCACCAAUGCCUCGACAUACCCAGAUACCAUCGUCCCGCCAUCAACCCACAUGGUUCCAUUCAACGGCCACCCCCAAUUCUCGCUAAGCCAGUCGCCUGUGAGCGUCGAUCUGGGCGAGUUCAUGAUCGAUAGUGAUUUGGAUUAUCUAGGAAAAGUGUUUUUUGAUUUGAGUCACAACAACAACAACAAUACUAAUAGUGACAAUCGAGCGUCGGCUGUUUAUCAGCAGCCAUCAGGUUUGUAUCGAGGUUGAGAAAUGUAUAUUAGUGUAUGA